UCAUCGAGACGAAGCUGGUGUCACGCAGAAAAGCAUAAUAGGAGUCGCCGACCAAAUUGAGAUCCCACAAGUCGGACGAUCAGGUGGAGGGGCCACGUCUGAUUUGAAAGCUAAUUUUCGAUGGAUCUUACGUCCGGCUUGAAGGAUUAACAACAAUAUAGGACAUCUGGUGCCGGGACACGUUUCCCUCCUCCUGCCCCAACCCCCCCACCCCAUGUACACCAACUUUAUGGACUACUUUUUUCAUCUAAAUUAGAAACAUACCAUUUACUCUUAGGCCAGUUUUUUUACUUGGUGUGAAUUCGGCGAACAACUGCUUUAAUUGUUGAUCAAGGACCGUGGUACUCAAGAAGAUCGACGUUGUUCCUGCGAGUAUCAGCCUUCAUUCAGCGGAAGUAAGGAACAAAGACAUUAGUGUCAACACGAAUACACGGCGAAUGCUAUUUCCACUUCAAGACUCAUCAUUAUUCACCUAACAGCGUACAGACAGACCUCCAAAUCCAGACAGAAUCCGGAGGCCCACUUAUUUUUCGGAGUAUUACCGUCUUGGCUACUUUUGUGGAAUCGUAACACCGAAUACAGUUAAGGAGUAGGCACUUCGUACAGACUGUCUCGUGGCAAUAUUUCGCCUGGAAGAGUUUUUACGUUAACUACUAUACAAGUUCUAAAGUUGUUGUUUUUUUUGUUUGAGUUUAUUUCUGAAGUUAAAAAUGUAUGGAGAAAAAUAAGUGAGUUGGUUACAACAACUGGCGCUGGAGUUGUGAAUUACUAUUGUUCUACUAUUGAAGAGGAGCGAGUCCUUUGUUCAGCAGCGAGAUGAGUGUAAACAUCACAGCACCUGCGCUCCCACUGCGACUGAAGCGAGUAGACUGUGAAGACCCCCACAACAACUAUACACUGAAAUGCAAGCGCCGUAGGCUGAGCCAGCCCCCCUCCCCUGGUCUAGCCCCUUGCCUUCGACCUCAGACUCACAGCACAGAGCACACAGGCCCAGAGAAGCUCUGUGUCUCUUCCAUUGGGCCGUAUAUUCUGUUGGAGGCCACAGAGGGCACUCACACAUAUCGAGCUAUCCAUCGCAUCACUGAACAGGAGCAUACCUGUAAGGUGUUUUCGAUGAGGAAGUACCAUGAGCUCAUUGCUCCGUACACCCGUCUGCUGCCCCAUGAGAACAUUUGUAAAAUAUCAGAGGUAAUCAUGGGGGAGCAGAAUGUGUACAUCUUCUUUGAGCGCAACUACGGUGACAUGCACUCAUAUGUGCGCAAAUGUAAGAGGCUUCAGGAGGAUGAAGCUGUGUGUCUCUUCAGGCAGAUGGCAUCGGCAGUCAUGCACUGUCAUGAAAAUGGUGUUGUACUGAGAGACCUGAAGUUGCGGAAGUUUGUCUUUAUUGACGCACAAAGAACAAAGCUGGUUUUGCAGAACCUAGAGGACUCCUGUAUCCUGAAUGGUGAUGACGACUCUCUCACAGACAAACAUGGCUGCCCAGCCUACGUGGGACCGGAAAUCUUGAACUCACGAAAUUCAUACUCUGGAAAGGCAGCAGACAUUUGGAGCCUGGGGGUGGUGCUCUACACCAUGCUGGUAGGUCGCUACCCCUUUCAAGAUGUGGAGCCUGCUGCCCUGUUCAGCAAAAUCCGCAGGGGUGCCUUCACCAUACCAGAGACACUAUCACCCAGAGCCAAGUCUCUAGUGUACUGCAUGCUCAGAAAGUCACCCUUGGAGAGGCUGGAGGCCCCAGACAUUUUGCUUCACCCAUGGCUCCACUGUAGCACCUAUUUCUCUGUCAGCCAGCCCACCAACUCUAGGCACUCAAAUGACCAAGUUGUGCCAGACUUUGAGAAAAGUGACAAAGGAGAGUGUUACUGAAUCUUGGUGAAGCACCAGAGUGAGGUUUCAUCUGCUUGUGUCUGCUUGCACUUUUGGGGAUCUAUGUCUGUUUGCAGUGGUCCCAUACUGGGGAAAGCUGAGCAUAUAUAAAAUCAAAAAACAGUGAAUUGGUUUGUAGAGUCAUGUUUCUCACCUUUGUGGUCUGGGCAAAUAGAUCUAAGAACAUUGGUUUGAUUGGCUUAUUUCUAAAUCCGGGAAAUAUCUAUAGCAAUACAUGCUAUUUCAGAGAAAAUAAAAAGGGCAAUAAAAUGAUGAAAGGCUUGUUCUUUAGUUGCUUUAAAAUGACUUCAGGAGCAGAUUUGCUAUUCAAAGCACAGCUGGACCUUUAGCCCACUGCUCCUGCAAAUAUUCAGUUUAGCAGUGUUGUGAUAUUUCUGUAUAUAUUUCAUACAGUGUACAUUUAAGUUGUUGAAAGACUUUGAAUCACCUGUUACCUCUGACUUGAAUCCUGGAAUACUUGAUGCAUAGUAUGUGCCUUUUAGUAGGUACUGUUUACACAAUUUUCAGUGGGAAACACAGUUAAAUAAUUUAAGUGCCUUUUCACUAUAUAAUAAGCAAUUAACUUUUAUGUUAAUGAAAUUACCAAAGAUUUGUUUCAUUACCAAACCUCACUUAAUUUGUGAAUCUCUGAUGUCAGCCAAAUUGCUCACUUUUGCUUUCUUGUAUAUGAAGGGUUAAAAUAGUUUAGUGUUUUGCAACACUUAGAGAUAUGUCAGUAGUCUUGUGACUCACCAUGGUUUUUUUCCACUCAAAUAACAUGGUAGAACAGGGAGGACAUAUGUAGUGCUAUGUUCAUAUAGCCUAGGAGCCAUAAAUACAUACAUACAGUCUGCUACAAUUCUGUAUAACCAAUCAGGAUAAAGAUUCCUCAGGUCAUUAAAAAUGUUCUGAGGAAACUGAUGUUCUUUUUGUUUUAGUUCACAGAUAAAACAUGACCUAAGGCUUGAGUACUGUCUGAUAUGUGUAUAUGCUGUGGGUGGAAGAAUACAGUGUUAGUUCACUUACAGCACAUCACACUUCCAUAUAAUGGAAAUGUGGUGUGUGGCAUGUGUGACGACUUUUUUUUUUUUUUUAAAGAAAGGCAUUACAGUUGUCACCAAUUAUACCUGCAUACAAUGUUUUAACUGUCAUCUAUUUGUCAAACUAUUUUGUGAAUUUGUAAAUAUCUUUAUAACCAUGGCAACAAAAGGACACUACAUUUUUUCUCAGUUGAAGGGGUUGUUGGUCUGUUUUGUAAUUAUUUGUUGCCAGUACAAAUAAACAAAUGCACAAAAGAAAA